GAGAGGAGAUGUCGCCGACCUGUGCGCUGGAUAAGGCUUGUUGCCAUGGAGAGGCGGAUGCUGUAAAGGAAACGGAGACGGAGCGUCCGAUGAGUCAGACGGAGAUGAGAGGACGUUGUGGAGAUGAAAGCGCGACGGUCUGAGGGAUGUUAGAGGAGACAUAAAAAAAAAAAAACAAAGAUGAAGUUUAAGAAGUUCAUCACGAUCAUGCAAGCGGCGAUGGGGGUUGUUCCCCUGAACAAACGGGAGCUCCUGCCCCCCGGACGGAAGCUGUGGAGACCCCCGGGGGACCAGGGUUGCUCUGACCAGACCACUACUGACCUGCUCAAGUCCAGCCGCAAGCUCUGCUGGUCCAGAGAAGCCCAUUACUUGUAUAUUCGCCGCCUGUCCUCGAGAAGCUUCUCGGCCAUCACGAUGAACCCGGUCAUGGAGGAGACGGUGUGGGAGCAGUACACCGUGACCCUGCAGAGAGAUUCAAAAAUGGGUUUUGGCAUCGCAGUUUCUGGAGGACGGGACAACCCGAACGAGGAGACGGGCGAGACGUCCAUCGUGGUGUCGGACGUCCUGCCGGGAGGGCCCGCUGAGGGACUCUUAUUUGAGAAGGACCGCGUCGUGCUGGUGAACAACAUCCCCAUGGACGGCGUGAUUCACUCCUUCGCCGUGCAGACCCUCAGGAAAUGUGGCAAAACGGCCAAGAUCACCGUCAAGAGACCCAGGAAGGUUCCAGUCAAUAUGAUGCCACGCCCGCCCUCGCCCGAAGUCUUCAGCAACGACAACUACGACGACUACAACUACGAACCGGACCGCCGCAGCAUGACCAGCGGGCGGGACAACAGCCUGGAGAGGGAGCGCAGAGCCUACGUGGAUUCUGGCUACCAAACCCGCGAUCGCAACUACGACCGCGGCAGGAGCGCCGAGAGGGACCUGAGCCCCGACCGCAGAAACAGACGAGACGGCAGCAGGGGCCGCACCCUGGACCGCAGCCCCGACCAACACUACAGGAGCGAGCACGCGCUGGACCGCGACUACAGCCCGGACAGACGGUACCGCAGCGAGCGCGCCCUGGAGCGGGAGUACAGCCCCGACCGGCGCUACCGCAGCGAGCGAGCCCUCGACCGCGACUACAGCCCCGACCGACGCUUCCGCAGCGAGCGCACGCUGGACCGCGCCCACAGCCCCGACUCGCGCUACGGGCGGGACGGCUACAGCCCCGGACGAGGCCCGAGGCGGGAGCCGAGCCUCGAGCGGGGACGGGACCAGAGGUACAACGAGCCAGUGAGGCGAACCGCCAGCAGGGACCGCCUGGACCGCUCGCCGUCACCGCCCCCUGCGCCCAUCCCACUGCCCCGCCCUCCCCGCGACGUGGAUGCUCUGGAGAAGCCUGUGAACGUGCUGCUGCUGAAAAACCAUCCCAACGAAGAAUACGGCCUCCGUCUGGGCAGCCAGCUCUUCAUCAAGGAGAUGACCAGCACCGGACUCGCCGGUAGAGACGGGAACCUGCAGGAGGGUGACAUCAUCCUGAAGAUCAACGGCACGGUGACGGAGAACCUGUCUCUGAGCGACGCCGGCAAGCUGAUCGAGAAGUCCCGCGGGAAGCUGCAGCUGGUGGUGCAGCGGGACCGCCGUCAGAUCCUGGUCCGGAUCCCGCCGAUGGUGGACAGCGACUCCGAGCUCGAUGAUAUCUCUGAGAUCGAGUCGUACCGCUCUUACUCUCCACAGGAUGACAGACGGGGCCAUCACUCGGACCUCUCCUCCCACUCCUCCAAUGAGAGGCUUCGAGACAAACCCAGAGAGGACCCGCCCAACAGGCUGGCAAAAAUGGGCGCGAUGCCGACGCCUUUCAAAGGUCUGGAGAGACACGACGAUUCGUCCCAUUUGCCGGCAGAGAGGGAGGAUCCUCGGUCUGAGACGCCGCCAGUCGCACCAGCUGUCCAGCCGAGGGUUCAGGCGCCUCCAAAGGUGCCGCUGAAGCCGAGCGUGGAAGACCAGGAAGUCUACGGGCCAAACACGGUGAUGGUGCGUUUCAAGAAGGGCGACAGCGUCGGCCUGAGGCUGGCAGGAGGCAAUGAUGUCGGCAUCUUCAUCGCUGGUGUUCAGGAGGACAGCGCUGCCGAGCAGGAGGGUCUUCGCAAAGGAGAUCAGAUCGUAAAGGUGAACAGCGUGGACUUCAGAGGGAUGGUGCGUGAAGAUGCCGUCCUCUACCUCCUGGAGAUCCCAAAAGGAGAAGACGUCACCAUUCUUGCUCAGAGCAAACCUGAAGUGUACGAGGAUAUUCUAGCAUCCGGACGGGGCGACUCCUUCUUCAUCAGAACCCAUUUCGAGUAUGAGAAGGAAUCCCAGCAGAGCCUCCCGUUCACCAGAGGAGAGAUCUUCAAAGUCACCGACACACUUUACGACGGCAAGCUGGGCCACUGGUUGGCGAUCCGCGCGGGCAAAGACAACCAGCUGCUGGAGAAGGGAAUCAUCCCCAACAAGAGCAGAGCCGAACAAAUGGCCAACGUGCAGCACGCCGCUCGGGCGGCGUCGGGCACCGACAGAGGAGACUUCUGGAGGCUGAGAGGUCAGAGGGCAGCGAAGAAGAAAGACCUGCGCAAGAGCCGAGAGGACCUGACCACGGCGCCGGUCACCACCAAGUUCCCCGCGUACGAGCGGGUGGUGCUGCGUGAAGCUGGUUUCAGGAGGCCGGUGGUGAUAUUCGGGCCCAUUUCCGACAUUGUGAACGAGAAACUGGGCAACGACCUUCCCAACGAGUUUGUAGUUGCCAAAACGGAGCCGAAGGACGCAGGAAGCGAGAAGUCUUCGGGCGUGGUGAGGCUGAACACCAUACGGCAGAUCAUCGAGCAGGACCGCCACGCCCUGCUGGACGUCACUCCCAAAGCCGUGGACACCCUGAACUACACCCAGUGGUAUCCCAUCGUCCUGUUCCUUAAUCCUGACAGCAAGCAAGGCGUGAAGACCAUGAGGAACCGCCUGAUGCCCGGAUCCAACCGCAGCGCCCGGAAACUGUACGAGCAGGCCGUGCGGCUGAAGAAGACCUGCUCCCACCUCUUCACCGCGACCAUCGAUCUGAACUCGGCCAACGACGCGUGGUACGGCAGCGUGAAGGAGUCCAUCUGGGAGCAGCAGGACAGAGCCGUGUGGGUGUCGGAGGGGAAGACGGACGGCUCAGAGGAGGACCUGGAUCUCCAAGACGACCGCAUGUCCUACCUGUCCGCCAUGAGCGCAGACUACCUGAGCAUGGACAGCCGUCUGACCAGCGACUACGACGACACGGCGGACGAGGGCGGGGCCUACACCGACAACGAGCUGGACGAGACGCUGGACGAGCCGCAGCCCGUCUCGGCCAUCGGCCGGUCGUCGGAGCCCGUGCUGCCCGACGAUCCGCGGCGGAUCAGGCGAACCGGGAGCAGAGAGGUCCUGAACAGGGAGCCCAGCCCUCCGCCGUCGUUCGUUCCCGAGCCGCCGAAGGUGCGCGCUCAGGCCCGGGCCGACUCCACGCGCAGCUACGAGUCGCACUCCAGCAGCACCAUCAGCAGCGUCGACGCCGCCGCCGCCGCCGGCAGCAGCAGGCCGGCGCCGCCGCCCGUCGCCCUGAAGCCCAGCGUCGCCCGUCUGCACCAGUCGUCAGAGGAGCAGGUCCCGGCGCCGGAGCAGAACGAGGAGGACCCCGCCAAUAAGUCCUUCCUGGGCAAGAGAAUGGCCAGCCAGAUCAAAGCCUUCGAGAAGAUGGACCACCUGGCCCGAGCUCAGCGCAUCCUGGAGCUGCAGGAGGCAGAAAACGCUCGAUUGGAAAUCGCCCAGAAGCAUCCAGACAUCUACGCCGUCCCGGUUAAGCUGCCAAAACCCAACCUGAACCGCCCUCAGCCAAUCGGCUCCAACGCCGAGCCGCAGGCGGCGUCCAGGCCCGGCUACUCGGAGCCCAGAGGAGGCGAGGACAGGGCGGAGUACCGGCGCCAGCUGUCCGACCAGACCAGGAAGGGAUACUACAACCCCCAGAAGUACACGGACACCGAGCUGUGAGGCUCCACAACCAGGAAGUGAUGUCACGCCUGUUCGCCGGCGACCGCCGCUCUCAGAACUCUUUAUUUUUUUUAAUUAUUAUUAUUAUUCGCUCUCAUGUUUCCUGCCGUGACGUUCAGCUUCAGCGCCAAACCCGGAUUCUCUUUUAAGCCGGCGCCGUUGGCAAAGCUGCACAGAGAGAGAGAGAGAGAGAGAGAAUGUCGGUCCAAAACUACUGAUUUCCUGAGAUGUUCUGCUGUAAAUAUUCAGUUUGAGCCGCCGGUGAAAAUACCCAGCAGAAGUCUAAAUGUCGUCCGAUUUCUUCGCGUUUCGCUCUCAAGCCGCCAGAUUCUCCGGUAAAUGCUUACAGAGGUGUUCAAUGAAUAGUUCUCCAAAGUUUCUGAAGGUCUUUCUGAAAACUGCAGGAGACCGAGACGGAUUUCUGGAGCUUUUCCUUCGCACCAGAAUAAAACCCAGGGUCUUAAAAAGUUAGAAAUAUAAUAAUAUAUGCAGAAG